GAAAAAAUAAAUAAAUAAAUAAAACAUGCAGGGUGGCAUACUCAGAGCCUCUAUUCUCCUCAUUGCUGCUGCGGCGGCGAUGAGCGUCGCCACCGUGGAGGCGGAAGUUAACGGCAGCGAAAGCGGCCACCUCUCCACGAGCUCGAAGCUUCUGACCGAUCUUUCAAUGGCUGCCCUGAACAGCCCGGCGGUGGGUUUGUUGGAUCCUUUAGGCAUUACGAAACAGAGCAGAGAUAACAUCGUCAAAGCCGCCCUCCGGCUGCCCCAGCCGAAGGACUACAUCGCGGCCGCCAUCCGCCUUUCUCUGCAGCAGUUUAAGAAUGUCAUUAACGGAGUCGCGGAUUUCGCCAAACUAGCCGAUGAUUCUUUGAACCGGAUGGCCAUUGACGAUUGCCGGGAGUUGAUGAAUUACGCCAUUGAAGAGCUGCAGGAUUCCAUGACCUCCGUUGACGAGUGCCCUCUCCUGUCACUGGUCCAACGCCUGAGCGACCUGAAAAACUGGUUGAGCGCCGUCCUGUCUUAUUCCAAUACCUGCAUAGAUGGUUUCACCAAGCCUGAUCUUCAGUCCGGCAUUAAUGGCGUCCUGCAGAACAGCAUCGCUCAUACCGGGCAAGCGCUUUCCAUCGUCUCCGCCAUUCCUCAAAUCCUCACCAGUUUAAACCCACCUCAAAACCAAGCCGUUUCCGCCAGAAAAGGGUAUCCCGCCGCUGCUGCCGCUUCCUCUGGCAGCGGCUCCGCCGCCGCCGCCGCUUCCUCUUCCGGCAAUGAUGCGUCCUCCGGGGAAACAGAGAGUAAUGAUUCAUCGUCAUUUUCCUCCUCCGGAGAGGAAAGAAGAGCGUCUAGCUCGGAUAGGGAGCACUCCUUUUCCUCCUCCUCCUCCGGGGAGUCAACCAUGGUCGGCGGGGAAGAGGACACGGCGAGAAACAGGAGAUCGCUCAAGGGAGUUCAUUUUCCGGCGUGGAUGAAAAAGUCAGACCGCAAAAUGCUGAUGGCCAGGAACGUCGGCGGGCGCGACGGACAGGUCCGGGGGAGCGUCAGCGUGCAGCCGAACGUGGUGGUGGCGAAAGACGGCAGCGGGCAGUACACAAACAUUGCGGAUGCCCUGAAAGCUUACAAUCCGGGACCAGAAGGAAAUGGUACGACAAGAUACAUUAUAUACGUUAAAGCCGGAGUUUACGAUGAGGACGUUCUGAUCACAAGGAAACAACCUAAUAUUUUCAUGUACGGCGACGGCCCUACAAAGACCAUCGUCACCGGCAAGAAAUGCAACCGUGACGGCGUUUCCACAUUCCGAACUGCGCCUUUCGGUACGUUACAGAUACUCCAUUGCAUUAAGAACGUUUUCAUAUAAAAGCAAAUAUAUUUUCAAUUUAUCAUAACAUACUUUCUAUCCUUAAACUUUGUAGCUGUGGUUGGGAAGGGAUUCAUAUGCAAAGACAUGGGGUUUGAGAACACGGCUGGGCCGGAGGGGCACCAAGCGGUGGCGCUGAGGGUACAAUCCGACAUGUCGGCAUUCUAUAAUUGUAGAAUGGACGGAUAUCAAGACACUCUGUACACGCAAACCCACAGACAAUUCUAUAGCAACUGCAUUAUCACCGGCACCGUUGAUUUCAUUUUCGGAGACGCUGCGGCAGUCAUCCAGAAUUCGGUGAUCAUAGUGAGGAAGCCGAUGGACAACCAGCAAAAUAGUGUGACAGCGCACGGACGGACGCACAUGGCAGAACCCACCGGGCUAGUUAUCCAGAACUGUCAGAUCAUCGCUGAGGAUACUCUUGAGGCAAAAAAGGUUGACAUCCCAUCGUACUUGGGCCGACCAUGGAAGCCGUACUCGAGGACGGUGAUACUCCAUUCCACGAUUGGGGAUUUCAUCAAGCCAGAAGGGUGGAUGCCUUGGGCCGGAGACAUUGGUCUGGACACUUGCUAUUAUGCAGAGUUCGGGAACCGCGGCCCAGGAGCUGAUACGUCCAAUAGGGUGAACUGGAAGGGUUACCAUGUCCUUGCAAACGCUAAUGAUGCUACGAGAUUUACCGUUGAACGGUUUAUUCAAGGCAGCCACUGGCUACCGGGCACCGGAGCACCAUUCUUCCUCGGCCUGAAAUCUAUCUAGUAAUUGUGCUCUGUUUUGUAUGUUUUCCAGUAGACGCCCCCACCCACCGACAUCCGAGACAACCAUCAGUUGCCCGAUGUCUCCAACCGAAAGUGCCUUUUUCUCUUUGUUUCAGUGUAAAAAUAAUUACUGUCAGUUUUGUAACAUCUUGUAGUUAGAAAUGUAUUUCCUUGAAGAAUUUUGUUGCUGGUACUUCCCACAAAAUAUAUCCAUUAUUUUAAUUUACUUGGAGAAAUGUUGAACAAUUUAUUU